GUCUGAGUAUUGAAGUCAUUAUUGCUUGGAGUCUAUAAAAAGGCAGUUGCACAGUAAGUAAUUUGUACGUGGUCAGCUUUGACUCUAUGGAUUUGCUAAUUCCUUUCCCUCUAUUUUUUUUCAUCUUUCCCCACCAAGGAGUUCCCAGCCCCAGAUGUCAGGGGGGCUGAAACUUCAGCUCUCUGGAGGAAAGGUUGCAGACGAUGAAGAGGAAGAGCAGCUGAAGGAGCAGCUCUGGUAAACAGGAUCUUCUGCCUUUUGGAAAAUGCAUUCACCACACUCCUUGGCAAGCCACUCAGAAGGAACAGAACGUGUCAGAUCCCAGAGAUGAACACGUCCUCUCAAUUCUAUGUUUCUGAACUAAACCUGAGUGCCUUCAGUAGCAACUUCACUGUGCCUACUGCAAAGAGCAAGUCAUUGCCAUGUGAGCAAGUGGUCAUCGCAGCUGAGGUGUUCCUAACUCUGGGCAUUGUAAGCCUCCUUGAAAACAUCUUAGUUAUAUCUGCAAUAGUUAAGAACAAGAACUUGCACUCACCCAUGUAUUUUUUUGUUUGCAGUUUAGCAGUGGCUGACAUGCUGGUUAGUGUGUCUAAUGCUUGGGAGACCAUAACCAUAUACUUAAUAAACAAUAGACACAUCGUUAUGGAAGAUGCCUUUGUCCGUCACAUAGACAAUGUCUUUGAUUCCAUGAUCUGCAUAUCUGUGGUGGCUUCCAUGUGCAGUUUGCUGGCUAUAGCAGUAGACAGAUAUAUCACUAUCUUCUAUGCCCUGCGUUAUCACAACAUCAUGACAGUGAAAAGAUCAGGGCUUAUUAUUGCAUGCAUCUGGACCUUUUGCACGGGCUGUGGCAUUAUCUUCAUUCUUUACUAUGAAUCAACUUACGUGGUCAUUUGCCUCAUCACUGUGUUUUUCACCAUGUUAUUCCUCAUGGUCUCACUGUACAUCCAUAUGUUCCUCCUGGCUCGUACUCACGUGAAGAAAAUCGCUGCUUUGCCUGGGUACAACUCUGUCCGUCAAAGAACCAGCAUGAAAGGAGCCAUCACUCUGACUAUGCUUCUUGGCAUCUUCAUUGUUUGCUGGGCUCCAUUCUUUCUUCACCUCAUCCUGAUGAUCUCCUGCCCUCAAAACCUCUACUGUGUUUGCUUCAUGUCACACUUCAACAUGUACCUCAUUCUCAUUAUGUGCAACUCGGUGAUCGACCCCUUGAUCUACGCCUUUCGUAGCCAGGAAAUGAGGAAGACCUUCAAAGAGAUAAUUUGUUGCUAUAGCCUGAGAAUGCUCUGUGGGUUAUCAAACAAGUAUUAAGAUAACAAAACCAAACCAAGAAAGAGAAUGGAAAGGCAACACCUUUCUGCAUCCUGUAAUUCUGGUGAAAUGCCUAUGGAACAUUUUCUGCAUUCAACUGCCAUGAUUCCUGCAGCAAUCAGAAACAAGUUUUUAACAUGUGAUUUUACAUUUCUUUCCCUCCACACACCUCUCUCAUGCUGGUGGUUGGAGCUGCUCAGUGCACCUGUAUUAUGGGGAUAAAGAAUAUUUUGAAUCUCAUUUACCCUAUUGAAGAUUGGAUUUUAUAGGAGGAUUAUACAGGGAAAACCUUAAUUUUCCUUCUGCUAAAUGCAAGGAGUGAGAUCUACCAUGUGAAUGAACACAUCAGCCUCUCAAUGUGUGUUUCUUUUGAUGUUAUUUAUCUCUCUAGAUAAUAUAUAUAUAUAUAUAUGUAUAUAUAUAUAUUUCUGUCUCUAGAUAAAAACAAGCAUGGCUUAUUUUGAUGCCCAGAAUUAACAAGGGGUUUUUUUGCUAUUUCCUUCUGAAGACAUAUAAUCAGAGAAGUAGCUCCAAUUAUCAAGCUUCACAUACCUUGGUCAGCAGUUAUGAUCAACAUACAUGCACAUAUCAGCAGUUUUGUAUUCCAGUCAUAACUGUUACUGUCAUACAAUAUGUAUUAUGUAAGAGGCCAAUGUUACCAUGAGAUUUUCCAGGCUGGAUACAGCACUUUGUCAUAUAUGACUAUAUGUGUUCAAAUCACUGUGAAGCAAGAUGUACCACAGGUGGAUUUUAAGGCUAAAUAUGAAGACUGAGCUGGUUCUAGUUUGUCUGUGUUCUUUAUUUACCAGGGCUAGGGAAGCAAAGGGUACACGGCCUCUGGAUAUUCAUGUAAUGUUUUGUGGAGAUGGAAAGACUGAGUGAGUGGCUGCCUUUGUGUAGACAUUAGAAAAGCGUUUUGGCUAUGAAGAACUUUUGUGUCUGUAGAUUGCAUCUUUCAAGCUGGGAGAGACAAAACAAGUUUGAUAAUCAAAAGGCAUGGCAGUCAGUGGCAAAGAAAGGAUUUCAAAACAUCAGCCGCAUGUCUCUGUAUAACAGAGUCCUGACUUUUGCUCCCCAAACAAACAGUUUUCGUCUUUGUUGAGAGGAUUCUAAGCUGAAACCCUCAUGCCUUUUGUAGGAGUAGCUUGCAUCUAGUCAUGCUUUCAUAAAGCUGUGGUUCUGCAACAGCUGUGUAAAGUGCAAAAUACUGGGCUUACAAAAGAGGGAGGAAGUGCAACUGUGGUGUUUCUUGAUGACCAUGGAUGGUGCCUAUCUUGCACUGUGAUGUAAGUCAUGAAAAGAUUUCAAGUGGUGGUAAACUACGGACUAGAUAUCUGAAAAUAUCUUGAAAAAAUGAACUCUUCCUUCUGAAAUCUGGAAGAAUAAUGCUUGUUAUACUUGGUUUAUACGUGUUGUAAGUCUUGUUUAUCAACAGAAGGUUUAUGAUUUAUUCCAUGAGAGUUAGGUUAUACUUUCAAGGUGAAAGUCCUGAAUGGGUUUUAGGGAAUUUUUUUGCCAUAAGGGUGGUCAAACAUGUGUAUGGGUGCUCAGUGGUUGUGAAAACUCCAUCCUUAGAGAUAUUUAGAACUUGACUGGACACAGCCCUGAAUAAUCUGCGCUAAAUUGAAAGCUGACUCUAACUUUGAAGCUGGCCCUAUUUUAAAGCACUAGGAGUAAAUUACCUCCACAGAUGCCUUCCAACUCAAGUUAUUCAGUAAUUCUAUGACACAGUUUGCAUAUUAUGCUAAAAUUAUAUUUUUCCCCUCCUAAUUUUAGCUCUUGUGUAAGAAAAAUUGCAAAGUAUUCUCCUCCACACACUUAGAGCCUGCUUUGUGUCUUCAUUUGCUUAGGAGGUUUCUGACAGGAGAAAUAAGGUGCACCUUUAGCACCAGAGUUAUAAAUUUUGUCUGCUUAAAAUUUAUUAUUCCUCCAGCUCAGACAUAUCUCCCUCUGACAUGAAUGGAAAUGUUAUUCUCAGUGGAGAUACCUUAUUAUGCUGACUGAUAUGAUGGUUAUAUCAGUGCACUAGGUGCUGGAGUCUUCCUUCAGCUAUAUCUGAAAAUGGGAUUUCAGAGAAUGUUUGUGGUCAGUAGUGAGAAUCUUGCCUUGUUUCAGUCCAUCUCUUAAUCCUAUUCAUAAAUAUCCCCUAAAUGUUGGCUCUUGCAGCUAUGAAUGGAAAUUACAAAAAGAGACAGUUCCACUGCACAGCGAAAGGCACCAGCUGAUGUAAAUAAAUCAUUAAAUCUUCACUGGGUAUUGCAAAUGAGACAGUUUUGUACAUAGCUGUAAAUCGGCUAAGGGGAAACCAAAACUGUAAUAGCUUUUGGUAUUUUCUUGAAUUGUAUAUUAUUCUUUUUUUUUUUUUUUUUUUGCUUUGUUUGAAGUUUGUUUGAUGUAUAAACACAGACAUAUGAAGAAACUAUUAAACUGGAUUGCUGGAAACCCCUA